CUGAGUGAAAACCCCACAAAGGUCAACCCCAAGAAGCCAUGACCCCUCCCAUUUUGUUCUCUUCUUGCACGUUCUAUCUCUAUCUCUCAGAGCUCCCACUCUUUGUUUUUGUGUUGUUAACGGCUGAUUUUUAACUUCCUCCACUCCCUAUACCCCACACCAAGAUUCUACAUGAUGGCUUCCCUAUUUCUCUAUAUUCAAUCAUCUUUCUUCUCUUAUAAAUCUGUUGAGAAACGGGGGUAGUCCAUUGCCUCAAAGCCAGGCUCAAGACCAAUAAAAAAUCUAGCUACCUGUAUAUAUAUCUUCUCCUUUUCUUUAUUUUUCUUCUUGUUGGUUGGUUGGUUUUUGAUGAUGGAGGAUUCUCUGGGUUCUUUUGUGGACAAGGGUUUUGCCCUUAAAGGAGCAGAAGACGGCCCUGAAGAGAGUGGUUGGACUGCCUACUUUGAAGAUUUGUCAUCAAUCAGUAGAGGGCAUGGUUCAAAUUCCAGUGCCUGUGAUACUUCUUCCUUGGUUUCUGAUGCUGCUUCUGGUGCUGCAUGGAAAGCCACCACUGGUAAUCAUGUGGUUGCAUGCUCUUCGAUCGCGGGUUCUCCUCAGAUUCCUAGGAAAUUGAGUUUCAAGAAGACGAGAGCCCGGGAAAUUUCUUAUGAUGAUUCCUUGGAGGAUACUGCAAGCUCUCCUGUUAAUAGUCCCAAGACCAGCACCUUGCAGAAGAUGGAAAUGAAUCCCAGGAAGACAGAUUCCCACAUGGAAAAUUCUCAGGGGAAAGGAGAUGGCAGUGCUGAUCAUUAUUCAAAACUGCAGGGAAAUGAAAGAAAUGAAAUGAAUGAUUUCAAUGGGAAGAACAAUAUUGAUUGUACAGACUUGAAGAAAAGGGGGCUGUGCUUGGUUCCUUUAUCCAUGUUAGUGAGCUAUCUUGGUUGAAUUUGGGUUUUCUUUCUCAUCUUCUGUGUAGUAGGACUUGUCAAAGUUGAAAAUCAAGGAAAAACUCCUGAUGAUAUAUAAUAUGUUGAUGAAUGUAUCAACACCCACCAUCUUUCUCAGCCUGCAAAAUGAAUCUACUUCAAGCCUUCUAUAUAUGCCAAAUAUAUUCAAUGACAAGAAAAUAAGACAAGUUUCAUAUCA